UGAAGCCAUCUCGUUACAUUUUGUUGCUGGAGAAAUUGGAAUCGGUUGUCAUGGUAAUAUAUUUUCGCGCAUGAUCAGCAAGCUGACAUCCAUCGCUGUCUGCACUCUUAGACAUUGAUGCGUCUGAGUCUUUUCUUCUAGAUUACAUCAUUAAAUGUUCAUUAUGAAAUUCCAGUUCUUCGAGGAUUAAUGGUUUAUACAUUCACUGCAUUUCUUUGACCCAUUGACCAGUGAUGUAGGGAAGAUGAGACAGCGAGAACCUGCUACAUGUGUACUUACCAUAUUCACAGGACUGCUACUUUGUUCUUACAGUGCGAAUGCCAUUGGAUGUUUUGUUUGUACCUCACUCAACAGAGGAAACUCAGGUUGUGAAGACACUUUCAAUAAUACAGGGAAAUACUACAGAUCCGAUUGUAAAGCCAGCCGAGACGGGAGAAUGGGGAUGUUUCCAGCGACACAGUGUAUAAAGAUGGUGGCCGAAGACACUGAUGCUGGCUUUUCUUUGAUUGUGAGAGAUUGUGUAGUGGACAAUGGCGGUACGACGUCAGAAACAGAGAUUGGGAGACAGAGUCACUGCGGCUGGAUGAAGGUCAUUAAGUACAAUGGACGCCGCAUGAGUGGCUGUAUUCUUAGUUGUGGACAAGAUGGUUGUAACAUGGCUAGUUGGAGUAGACACAUAUCAGUUGUUACCGUUAUGCUGGUUUUUAUUAUUACUAAAACAUUGUGCUAGUUUUGAGUGAAAUAUGUAUAUAUAUACAAAUAAAAUCAGGGGAAAUUCAUCAAUAUCAUUGUAACAAUCCAUCCAAAUUGUACUAUAUAAAUCAUUUUCUGCAAAUAUCAGAUAAUACAUUAAUUCCCUCCUGGAUAUUUAAAUAUGAAUAUUAGAAUUUAGAAAAACAUUUAUGGUAUUAAAUUGGUUUUGUUUGGGAAAAAAGAGUACAAUAUUGAAUCCUAUAAACAAGGAAUAUUGUAUCCAGUAUAACUUCUACAUGUACAGUCAAACUCUGAUUUCUUAAACUCAAAUGGGUCAAGAAAAAGUUAUGAAUAUCCAAGGAUUUAAGAUAUCAAAAGUAAAAUACUGAAGGAAUGAUUAUUUGGGAUUUCCAAAUCACUUCGACUAUUCACGGUGUUCAAGAUAUCAGAAUUCAAGAUAAUAAGGUUCAACUGUAUAAGGAAAUAUAGCUACAUAAUAUUUUUAAAGUAUUCCUAACUGUUUAACAAAUUAUGUAAAAGUUAAUCUUACCAAUUGGAUUUUACCUUAGUACAAAACUCAUACAGUCUUUUCAAUAUAGUUACACAAAAUGACAUUUUUUCUAAACUUGUUAAAAGAUCUUGAAGCAGAUAUGUGCCAAAUUUUUUUGAAAUAGAAAUUUCAAAUGGACCAUGUAUACUUCUAGAAAAUGUUAUUUUGUAACCAAAGUUUUAUAUGUUGCAGAAAAAUGUUAAUUAAUAAUUUUUGAUUGUACCUAUAUCAUUUAUUUAACACUACCUUAAUUAUGAUGUUAAAGUUCAUAACAUUCUAUACUGCAAGUGAUCUUCAAUUGUGGAAGUAUAUUUUUCCCUCUUUGCAUACAUUAUUUUGCAAAAAUAAAAGAAUGAAAAUGUUACUUUAAAUAUCACCUUUUCAAGACUCUGUGUUGCAGCUUUGGGAUUAUGUAUAUUGAAUGUUCACAUGUAAUUCUUGGAUUCAUUGUAAUGUCAAGAUAAUCUCUAUUAUCCUGCCUAAUUGUUUUAAUUGUAUUGAAGUUAUUCUGUUGUGUCUCUUUUCAAGACCUUUUUUGUAUAAAAACAUUCAAAAAGAUGAGGAAUAUA